AUGCCUAGGAUAAGAAAGAAGACUUCCAAUAGAGGGACCACCCGACAUAGGGCAAAGAUCACUAAAAAAGCAGCCGAGUCAAGGAAGAAGUCGAAGAGGGAUACCAAAAAAGAUCCAACUUGGAAGUCUAAGAAGAAGAAGGAGCUCGGCGUACCCAAUUCUUUUGCUUUCAAGGACCAAGUGCUUGCAGAGCUUGCUAGCGAGAAACGGCAGUUGGAAGAAGAAAAACUAGCCAAGAAAGCGGCUUUCAAAUCUGCACGCGAGGUCGAGGAAGACGAAGAUGUCCCCGGCAUCCAAUCUCUUACCUCUGCCAAAGCCAUCACCGCCCCUCUCACUGGAACCGUCAAAAUCUCCACCGCCCAACCCAUUCCAGAAGAUGAUGCUCCUGAUUUGAUCGACACUCAGCUAGCCACUCUACAAGACGUCAUUGACAGAGCUGAUGUGAUAUUGGAGGUGGUAGAUGCGAGAGAUAUACUCGGAGGGAGGAGUAGAUAUAUUGAAGGGUUGAUCAAGGACGCAGGAGGAAAGACUGUCCUCGUCGUCAACAAAAUUGAUCUUGUCCCUCGAGAAACACUAGAAGCAUGGCUGAAGCAACUCGACAUCCCUACGUUCUUAUAUAAAUCUCCUUUACCAUUACCCGUUGCGUCUUCUUCCAAAACUCCCCUUCCGACGCUCUCCCCAACAACCGUUAUUGGUCGUGCUGAACUGGUAUCUGCACUCAAAACAUGGGCAGCAGAGAAAUCUCCGCCUUCCGAAGACUUUGUAGUUGCACUCAUGGGAUUGCCUAUGACCGGCAAAACUUCGAUAAUCAAUUCUCUACUGGGUGGGAAAAAAUCACUAGAAACGGCUCCUCUGGAACCAACUGUCUCCUCUGCCAAACGACCUGCACCUACUACGAAGGCACCCGCGGAAAUAGAAUUAGAGAUGGGGGACAGAAAGGUGAGAAUCAUCGACACGCCCGGAUGGGAAUUUGCUAUUGAAUCCGAGGACGAAGCUGGUGAGGAACGAGAAGGGGAAGAUGAGGCAGGAGAUGAACAGCUGGCCAAAUUGGACGCUUUGGAAGACACUGUGGCAGGAGAUCUUUUACGUCGUAACCUUGGGCGAGUCGACAGAGUCAAAGACGUGUUCCCGCUUGUGAACUGGAUCUUCAAGCGUGCAAAUGUCCAGGAUUUGAUGGUACAUUACAAUCUCCCGUUCUUUUCGGAGGGGGAUGUCAACGCUUUUCUCACUUGCCUUGCCCGGGCUAACGGGAGAGUCAAUAAAUUCGGAGAAGCAAGCUUGGAUGGCGCUGCUCGUAUCUUGAUCCGAGAUUGGGCGCUCAGUAAUCUACAUCAGUAUUGCACCCCUCCCUCGGGAGAGGCGAUGGAGGUAGAUGGGCAAGCGGACAUGACCCAUGUUUUAUCUCUAUGUACCCCCAAGCGAGAGAUGAGAAAGACCAAAGCUAUGAUCCGGCUGAAGGCGAGUCCUGUAGAUGAAAGGGAGGUGAUACUGGAUGAUGAUUACACUGCUUUGUCAGUCGCCAGUGACGAGGAGGGAGACGGUGAUGAGGAUGACGAAGAGGACGAUGACGAAGAUGAGGAGGAUAGUGAUGAUGACGAAGAUGAGGCUGAAAACGAGGUUGAGGAUGAAGAAGCUCUCCUAGAUCUUGCCGAUGGAGAAGAGUUGGAUUUAGAAGAUGGACCCGAACCUUCCUCCGGUUCCGACCUCCCAUCGGACGAAGAAGAUGACGAAGAUCCCAUCCCCUCUCCACCUCGCAAAGGUAAACGAAAAGCCGUAUCCUCUCCAGCCGACGGCAAAUCGAAGAAAAUCAAACGCGUGUCAUUCGGUCCACCCGUUCAAUCAAAAGAGGUGAAACACACGAACUCUUCCAGUAUUCUCAAAACCACAACGAAUGCUCCCGUCGGUAAAGUUGGCAAGCGUAAGCGGGGAGAGUGAAGAGUGAGAGGAGUGUAAAGCUUGGGGCCCACGAAUGCGGCAGUUGAUCAGAUGAAUCUCCGUAUUUUCUCCGAUAACGGUCCGUCUCGGCGACAUCUCCGUUAUUUUUCUCUUGCAAUAAAGUGCUGUAUGAGCGCUUGGUAUAUAUAUCAUCAUGUAUGGAUAGAUGGAUG